CCACAACAAGUCUCCUUUACAACUCAGCCAAUCCGCUCAAUUCUAGCUGGUUGGAAAGAGGCGGGUUCGUCGGCGAUUGGUUAUUUGCAACAUCCAUCGUCUCAUCUUCCUCGUACAUUCAGCAUGGCUUCCCCCUGUUGCUCAUCGGUGGAUUGGCAAUGGGUAUAGGAAGUGUGGCAGGACGCUGGUGCCCGGCAUGACUAUAGCACAGCUGGUGGCUAGGAUCAUCGCCAUGAGGUCCUAUCAGGCGGUGCUGCUUUUCCUGGCAGCCUUGGCAGUGUUCGCCUUCUAUUACCUAGGCUCGGGGAAGGAGAAUUUCUCCAGCACCACCAGGAGGCUAAAGGAGAACAUCGCUGGUCAGAAUCUCAGCCCAGACCUGGACUUGUCUGCUUCCUCAUCCGAACUGAAGAUGGGCGAAGGCAAAAGCAAGAACCUGGAGAGCCGCGACGUGCAGGACUAUCACCUGCUCAUGAUGUUCACCAAGGUGGACAGGAGCCCGGGGCUGAAGGAAAAGUUUCAGGUGGCUCUCAGCUCCCUGGUCAAGUAUGGCAAGUUUGAGAGCACUGAGGUGCUCAGCCUGCAUUUUGUGUCAGACGAACCGAGCAAAGAGACCGGAAAGACGGUGCUGAGGGACCUGCUACAGGGAGCCAGCUUCAAGUAUAAGGUCAUAUUCCAUGAUGUCAGUGCCCUGACGGAAAAGCUAUUCCCUAUAGUAGAAGCCAUGCAGAAACUCUUCAGUGCUGGCACGGGAACUUACUACAGUGAUUCCAUCUUUUUCCUGUCUGUUGCCCUUCACCACAUAAUGCCAAAAGAUAUAACUCGCAUCAUUCAACUAGACCUGGAUCUGAAAUUUAAAACCAACAUCCGUGAACUAUUUGAAGAGUUUGACAACUUCCUCCAGUUUUCUGUCAUCGGGAUUGCCCAGGAAAUGCAGCCAGUAUACAGACAUACAUUUUGGCAGUACCGUCGUGAGAAUCCAAGCACCAAGGUAGGUAGUCCUCCCCCAGAAGGAUUGCCUGGGUUUAACAGUGGAGUGAUGCUGCUGAACCUGGAAGCCAUGCACCAAUCCAAACUUUACAACCAGCUACUGGAACCCAAUGCUGUAAGUCAGCUUGCUGAAAAAUAUCACUUCAAGGGACAUUUAGGCGACCAAGACUUCUUCUCAAUGAUUGGGAUGGAGCAUCCAGAACUCUUCUAUGUCCUUGAUUGUGGCUGGAAUAGACAACUGUGUACCUGGUGGAAGGAUCAUGGUUAUGCUGAUAUCUUUGAUCAGUAUUACAAAUGCGAAAGCCACAUCAAGAUAUAUCAUGGCAACUGCAAUACUCCAAUUCCAGAGGAUUAGAUCCACUUAUAUAUUUGUUUCCAGAUUGCACUAUGUGGAUAGAAAUGGCCAUAAUCAAGUCUGAAUACCAGUAUUUUGUAAAACCAUAUGGGUAUCUUGAUACUUGGAAUUACGUUCAGUUAAAGAGAACUACCUGUUCCUGGUUACACAUUGCCACCAAAUAUUGGAAUAUCUCUUAUUUCCUGUAUGUUCUGGAGUGAACAAAGACUUGUAUUUAUUUCUUUCAGCUGUGUGAGAGCUGGUAUUUCCGAGACAUAUUGUAUUCUAAAUAUCAGGUUAAUUAUCGGGACAGUUUGUUUACCUGAUGAGUAAUAUGUGUGUCUGAAGCACUAUGACAUUAUUCGCUUCCCAGAAAAACUGGAUGUAAUAAAGAAUGACUGCUGAGCAAUUUUGAGGGCAAAUGUUGCUGUAAUUGUCUCCUUUUAUUGCAUAGAGCCGCUGAACUUAGACACUAAUACUUUCUGUUUAUUAAUGUGCAAACACAUGAAUGGACAUAAUGUAUUGAAGUGCCCUCUCGGAUAUAGUAACUUCAGUGAAAUUAUUAACCGUUUUGUCAUAGAUGUUGCAUAAAGAAUUGCAUAACGUUUUUCAAAUAUCCUUUCAGUGCCCUUUUCCAUUCACAGUUCUUUAUCUUACUAUUGCGGUGGCAUGUGUUUACUUUAAAACUCAAAUGUCGGGUCUUUGUGAUGUUUUAUUUGUUUACAUUUUAAUAAUCAUGGGAAGGCCUUUCAGCCUGCAGGUGUUGCAAUUUUCUGUGUAAUUUUCCUUUUCAACCUUCAAACAUGGCGCACAUGUUCAGAAAUAUCAAAU